GUUGGAGGGAGAGGGGGGUACGGAGCCAGCCAGGCCGCCGGUUCCCAUAGCUGCGGAGCAGAGCGUGCUGCCAUGGCGCUGGCCAGGCCACGGACCCGGGACCCCAGGCUCCCAGCCCCUUUCUUGCUGCUGAUGCUGCUCUGGGCCCCUGCCCUUGCCCUCCUGUCCGGAACAGAGCCUUCAGAGGCUCGGAGUGCCUGUGCCUCAGACCCAUGCUCUCCAGGGACCCAGUGCCAGGCUACGGAGAGCGGCUACACCUGCGGGCCCACCGAGCCCCAGGGCUGUGCCACCCAGCCCUGCUACCACGGCGCGCUGUGUGUGCCCCAGGGUCCAGGUCCUAACGACUUCCGCUGUUACUGUGUGCCCGGGUUCCAGGGCCCCCGCUGUGAGUUGGACAUCGAUGAGUGUGCCUCCCGGCCCUGCCACCACGGGGCCACCUGCCGCAACCUGGCCGAUCGAUACGAGUGCCACUGCCCUCUGGACUAUGCAGGCGUGAACUGCGAGGUGGAGGUGGACCAGUGCGCCUCGGCGCCCUGCCUGCACGGGGGCUCGUGCCUGGACGGCGUGGGCUCCUACCGCUGCUACAGCGGCGAGCUGUGUGAGGUGGACGAGGACGAGUGUGCAGCAGGCCCCUGCCAGCACGGGGGCCAAUGCCUGCAGCGCUCUGACCCGGCCCUCUACGGGGGCGCCCAGGCCGCCUUCCCCGGCGCCUUCAGCUUCCGCCAUGCUGCUGGCUUCCUGUGCCGCUGCCCUCCAGGCUUUGAGGGGGACGACUGCAGCAUGGACGUGGACGAGUGUGCCUCCGGGCCAUGCCUCGGUGGAGGCAGCUGCCAAGACCUGCCCAACGGCUUUCGGUGUCACUGUCCAAGUGGCUACACAGGCCUGACGUGUCAGGAGGAAGUGGACGAAUGCCUGUCGGAGCCUUGCCUCCACGGGGGGACCUGUGAUGACAUCAUGGCAGGCUACACCUGCCGGUGCCCGGAGGACUGGGGUGGGCAUGACUGCUCUGUGCAGCUCACUGGCUGCCAGGGCCACACUUGCCCACUGGCUGCGACCUGCAUCCCUACCUUUGAGUCUGGAGUCCACAGUUAUGUCUGCCGCUGCCCCCCUGGUACCCACGGACCUGCUUGUGGCCAGAAUACCACCUUCUCCAUGGUGGCUGGGAACCCUGUGCGGGCAUCAGUACCAGCCGGUGGGCCCCUGGGUCUGGCACUGAGGUUUCGCACCACCCUACCUGCUGGUGCCCUGGCCACUCGCACUGAUACCCAGGACAGCCUGGAGCUGGAGCUGGCACUGGUGGCAGCCACACUUGAGGCCACGCUCUGGAGCCACGGCAGUCCUGUUCUAGUCCUGAGGCUGCCAGACCUGGCCCUAAAUGACGGCCACUGGCACCGAGUGGAGGUGACACUCCGCCUCGAGGUCCUGGAGCUGCGGCUCUGGCAUGAAGGCUGCCCUGCCCAGCUCUGCGUGGCCUCCAGCUCUGUGCCCCAGGCUCCUACGGCUUCCCCGGCCACGCCGCCUGCCGGGUUCCGCUCUGUCCAGCUGGGCGGUGCAGACUUUGCAGGCUGCCUCCAGGACGUCCAUGUGGAUGGGCACCUCCUGCUGCCUGAAGAUCUUGGGGAGAACGUCCUGCUAGGCUGCAGGCGCCACGAGCAGUGUCAGCCUCUGUCCUGUGCCCACGGGGGGGCCUGCGUGGACCUGUGGACUCACUUCCAUUGCGACUGCCCCCGGCCCUACAGUGGACCCACAUGUGCUGAUGAGGUUCCUGCAGCCACAUUCGGCUUGGGGGGCGCCCUGAGUUCUGCAUCCUUCCUGGUCCCUCGGCUGCCAGGCCCCAACCUCACGGUGUCCUUCCUCCUCCGCACUCGGGAACCUGCUGGCCUGCUGCUCCAACUUGCCGGCGACUUGGCAGCUGUCCUGACGGUGUUCCUGAGCGAGGGCCAGAUCCGGGCCGAGGGGCGGGGCGGUCCUGCUCUGGUGCUGCCCGGACCCUGGGACGAUGGGCUCCGCCGCCUGGUGACACUCAGCUUCGGGUCUGAGCAGCUGCAGGGCUCGGGGCUGCAGGUGCAUGUGGGUGGGAGACGCCUCCCUGCGGACGCCCAGCCUUGGGGUGGGCCCUUCCGCGGCUGCCUCCAGGACCUGCGACUCAAUGGCCUCCACCUCCCCUUCUUUCCGCUGCCGCUGGGGAACGCAAGCCAGCCCCGCGAGCUGGGCAGCAGGCAGGCCUGGAACCUCACCGCGGGCUGCGUCUCUGAGGACCUGUGCAGGCCCAGCCCCUGUCUCAAUGGUGGGACUUGCCUGGUCACCUGGAAUGACUUCCACUGCACCUGCCCUGCCAACUUCACAGGGCCCACGUGUGCCCAGCAGCUGUGGUGUCCUGGCCAGCCCUGCCUCCCGCCUGCCACCUGUGAGGAGGUCCCUGAUGGCUUUGAGGUGGCCCUGAAUCCACAGAUGCCAACACAGGGGCUCUGCUGGCCUGUGCUGGAGGGGCUGAGGGUGGGCAAGCCCCAGGCGUCCUGCCCCCAGUCCAGCCUGUUUCUCCCCAGGUCGCAGGUCCUGCCAGAGGGGUGCCGCCUGAAUGUCACCUGCCCAGAUGGCAGCCCGUGUGAGGGUGGGCCUCAGGGUGCCAACUGCAGCUGCCAGGAGGGCUUUGCUGGCCAGAGGUGUCAGCUCUCCUGUGAAGCCAACCCCUGCCUGAAUGGGGGCACCUGCCGGGUGGCUGCUGGGGCGUACGAAUGUGUCUGCAGCGCAAGGUUCUCGGGCCAGUUCUGUGAAGUGGUGAAGGACCUGCCGCUGCCACUGCCGUUCCCGCUGCUGGAGGUGGCAGUGCCUGCAGCCUGUGCCUGCCUCCUCCUCCUCCUCUUGGGCCUCCUCUCAGGGAUCCUGGCAGCCAGAAAGCGCCGCCAGUCAGAGGGCACCUACAGCCCGAGCCAGCAGGAGGUGGCCGGGGCCCGGCUGGAGAUGGACAGUGUCCUCAAGGUGCCGCCCGAGGAGAGACUCAUCUAGGCCUGGCUGCCAGCACCAGCACCUACGAGGCCACGGACAAUUUCCACCUGGAUACCCUAGGAGGCCGCUUCCAGGAGGCCUUUGGGACGUGGCUGCCCCUUCCAGGCCUUGGGAGCUGGUGUAGGGCCCAGCAUACCUGUUGGGAAGUGUCCCCUCUGCUGGCACCCCCUGCCUCUGUCCCACCGUGGACUGAGGAAAAGGGGGGCACUCAGGGCAGCAGAGAGGGCCUGGCAAGGCUGGACGAAUCCCUCGGACCCACCAGGCCUUGCCUCAGCAGAUGUGCAGCUGUGCAGGGCAGGGCAGGGCACACGUGAUGCACAGGGCGUGUUCAGGAGUGUGUGUGUGUGUGUGUGUGUGCGCGUGCGCGCACGGUAUGGCUGUGUACCUGGGGACUGUUGAUCUACAGAUAUGGGUGUGUGUGCUGGACUGGGCUCGUGGGCGUGUCCACGUCUUUGCUGUGUGUGCAGGUGACUGUAGUGGGUGCAGGCCAUCCCACGAGGGGACGGCUGGGCGGUGGGGACCUUCACCGCUCGGGCAGGGGCAAGCCAAGGCCGCACACUCUUGUGGAGGCCAGACCAGGGCUUGCCCAAGGACCAAGGCCCCAGUCCCAGUCUCCCUCCUCUGGAGGCAGCUGGGGAAUCAGGGAGGCCACAGCCAGCGGCCAGGUGCUCCCGGCUCCCUGAACAAAUGCUGCUUCAGGACCUGUCUGCAGGAACAGACCACGGCCAGGGCAGAGGAGGAGCGGAGGCGGGGAUGCUGCUGGUGUCUGGGCCAGGCAGCCUCCUCAGGGCCUGUCACCUGGAGAGGGGAGAGCAGCCCGCCCCCUCCCAGGCAGGGCUGUGAGGAUCAGUGGGGAUGACAGUGGGAAAGAACUUGAAGUCACUAAACUCGGGUCUGCUGUGAAGGCUGGCUGGGUGUCCUUUUAGGUGUCAGGAGUUGAGGGAAAGAUGGGGGGAAAGGGCUUCC